AUGCCGCCCUCUCAGCUAAAGCAGCUGAAGGCUUCCCUUCGUGAUAACGGAGUUCUUGGUCCUCAGAAGUCAAAGAAAGAAAAACGCCAAAAUGCGAAGACCGGUGUUGGUGCGAAGAAUCGCAACCAGCGCGAAGUCGCCCUGCAGGCCAUUCGAGAUCGGUUCAACCCCUUCGAAAUCAAGGCGCCAAAUAAGUCGACCAAAUUCGAUGUCACCACAAGAGAUGGCAACUCGACCGCUGGAGGAGGCGCUCGUCCCGGUGUUACCAAAUCACUUGGUGAAGAGAGACGCCGUGCCACCCUUUUGAAGGAGAUGAACAGCAGAAAUAAGAUUGGUGGACUGGUUGAUCGCCGUUUCGGUGAAAAUGAUCCCACUAUGACACCCGAAGAACGAGCCGCCGAGAGAUUCGCCAGAGAAAGCCAGAGGAAGAUGCGCAAGGAAUCAAUGUUCAAUCUUGAGGACGAUGAGGAGGAAAUGCAGCUUACUCAUAUGGGUCAAUCGUUGUCCUUCGACGGACCGAUCCAGGAUGACUUUGAUGCGGAAAACAUAGAGGGUGCGGAAUCCGACGACGAAAAUUCGCGUAAAAGGAAGCGAUUCCCCGAUGUCGAGGAGGCGGGCGAUGGUGAAGAACGGGAAGACUUCAUCGACUACGAAGAUGGAGAGCAGCCAGGACGCAAGAAGAGCAAGGCGGAGGUUAUGAAGGAAGUCAUUGCCAAAUCAAAGUUCUAUAAGGCGGAGCGACAACAACUCAAGGAUAAUGAUGAGGAUCUUCGUGAGGAGUUGGACAAGGAACUUCCUGACCUCUUUGAUGCCUUGCGGGGAUUCAAGGCUCCUCCCAAGCCCGAAGCACCUAAGCAAGAUUUCUCGGAGAUCAACCCCGAACGAGCUGCGAUGCUGCAGAAGGAUGAUGGUAGAGCAGCUGAGAAAGAAUACGAUCAGCGACUUCGGCAAUUGACCUUCGACAAGCGAUCAAAACCCACAGACCGCACCAAGACCGAAGAGGAGAAGGUAGAGGAAGAAGCUGAGCGCCUGAAGAAACUCGAGAACGAUCGUCUCCGAAGAAUGCGUGGCGAGCAGCUCACCGAUGACGAAGAGGAGGAGCAAGGUUUCGACUUUGAGAAUGAAAUGCCCGACGAUGAAGAGUCAGAUAUUGACGAUGCUAUGCACUUCGGUCUUCCAACCAACUCAGGUCAACGCCCGGAACUAGCCGUUGAAGAUGAAGAUGACUUUGUCAUUGAUGACGAUCUGGUUGAGACGAGGUCGAACGCCAGUCUUGACAUUGACGAGAGCGACAUCGAGGAGGAAGAUCUGUCGGAAGACGAGUCUGAAGGCCCUGAUGGAGAGGACGAGCUCAUCAAUGGCAUAGAUUUGCCAUCAGAUGAAGUCGCGGCCGCAUCGACUGCUGUUGAGGUCAACGAAGCCGCCAACGGAAAGCUCGCAUUCACCUACCCUUGCCCUAAGGACCACGAAAAGUUCCUGAGCAUUAUCAAGAACGUUCCUAUCGAGGAUGUCCCUACAGUUGUUCAGCGUAUUCGAGCCCUGCACCACUCCCGACUUCACCCUGACAACAAGACAAAGCUCGCUCGCUUUGCUGAAGUCCUUGUUGAGCAUGUCUCCUACAUGGCGAACCAGGACGAGCAGCCUCCAUUUGCCAUUAUUGAGAACAUCCUCCGUCACAUCCACUCUUUGGCUAAGACCCACCCUCUUAAUGUCGCUCUCGCAUUCCGGGCACGUCUUCGCGAGAUUUCCAAGGAACGUCCUCUCGACCUCCUUCCCGGCGACCUUAUUAUGCUGACCGGUAUCUCAACCAUUUUCCCUACAUCUGAUCACUUCCAUAUCGUGGUCACACCGGCUCACCUGUGCUUGGCACGGUAUUUGAGUCAGUGCUCUACCACAUCUCCCAUGGAUCUUGCAAAGGGCGCAUACGCCGCAAGUCUUUGCCUCCAAUACCAGACUGUCUCGAAGAGAUACAUGCCUGAGUUUAUCAACUACACUCUGAAUGCCCUCUGCAACCUUGUUCCUGCGGAGUCUACCCCCAAGUUCGGCGCUUUCCCCUACAGAAAGUCACAGGAAUCCGUUCAGUUCACACCCUCCAAGAAGGUUGUUCCGCGUAAGCUGCAAUUCCGCGAUCUGACCUCCUCUCCCUCCGACUCCCAGUCAGAGGAUGUCCUCAAGAUCUCCCUCAUCACCACGUUCGUGUCUCUCCUCGACACUGCCUCCGGCAUCUGGGCCGAGAAGUCCGCCUUCACAGAGAUCUUCACACCAGCCCGUGCCGUCCUGAACCACCUCCGCAAAUCUCUCAAGGGCAAGAUCUCCACCGCAGCCUGGACAUCCAUCGCGAAUAGUGUCGGAACAGUCGACACCCACCUCAAGCAAGCCCGCCUCACUCGUCGCCCCCUCUUCCUGCAUGACCACAAGCCCCUGGCCAUCAAGACCGCGAUUCCCAAGUUCGAGGAGAACUUCAACCCAGACAAGCACUACGAUCCGGAUCGCGAGCGUGCCGAGUCCAACCGUCUCAAGAAGGAGUUCAAGCGCGAGAAGAAGGGUGCUAUGCGCGAGCUCCGCAAGGAUGCUAGCUUCGUUGCCCGCGAGAAGCUGCGCGAGAAGAAGGAGCGCGAUGCCGAGUACGAGAAGAAGUACAAGCGGCUUGUUGCCGAGAUUCAGAGUCAGGAGGGCCGUGCUGCCAACGAGUACGAGCGCGAGAGAAAUGGGCGUGGCAAGCGGUAA